AGCCAUCUUGCAGCCGAGAUAGUGGCUGGAAAUUGGAAGGGGCUGAAGCAAGCAGCUCUUGUGGGGGCAGCCCAGACUCUGUGCAGACAGGGCCUGAGGCCCAUGUUGAGUUUUGGCGGAGAUGGUGGUGGCGGCAAUAGACAUGUCCUUCAUGGAGGACCCCUCAAGGUUCUGCAAGAGCCACUUUCGCGAAGACGAGGAAGGCGACUUCGAGGCGGAGAUGCGACCUGAGCCGCUCUCGUUUGCAAUGGCGCCAGUAGCAAACCCCAAGACCUUUUGCUUGGACAUGAAGAAGACCGGGGAGGCGCCAGGGCUCAUGGACUUCAAGAAAGGUACCACGACGCUGGGCUUCGUGUUCCAGGGCGGCAUCAUCAUCGCAGUGGACUCGCGGGCGUCCAUGGGUAGCUACAUCGGCUCGCAGACCGUCAAGAAGGUCAUUGAAAUCAACGACUUCCUUCUAGGCACCAUGGCUGGCGGUGCAGCAGACUGCUCGUUCUGGGAGCGCCACCUGGCUCGCCUCUGCCGGAUGCACGAGCUUAGGGAGAAGGAGCGCAUCUCGGUCGCCGCGGCCUCGAAGCUCCUCGCCAACAUCUUCUGGCAGUACCGUGGCCAGGGCCUCUCUUGCGGCACCAUGGUGGCGGGCUGGGACAAGAAGGGCCCUUCCCUCUACAUGGUGGAUGACCAGGGCGAUCGCCACAAGGGCAACGUGUUCUCGGUGGGAUCCGGCUCCACCUUUGCCUACGGCGUCCUGGACACCGGCUACCGCCAUGACCUCACCGUAGAGGAGGCAGUGGAGCUGGGCCGGCGCUCCAUCUACCACGCCACCCACCGGGACGGCGCCUCCGGCGGCGUGGUCCGCGUCUACCACGUUCACGAGAAGGGCUGGACCAAGGUGAUCGGAGGUGAGGACGUCAAUAAGCUGCACUACAUGUACGCGGCAGAGAAAGGCCUGCGGGGCGACGAGUGAGGGACGGGCUCCACAAGCGGCCGUGCAAUUCCAAGAGCCCUGCAGCCGUGGCGGGUGCAGGUUGUUUGGAAGGACUAGCGUG